UGUUCCUUCCUCUCCUCACUCCCUCUUUUUCUGUGUCUUUCUGACUUACCCACACAACCACAGAGAGACUUCCAAGUUACAACUCUUGGAAGCUAUGGAGAUUGCUGCUACCGCAGCUUCCACCUUCUCCCUCAACAGACCGACACUCCCCUUUCCAUCUUCUUCUAGAAUCCGUCCCCCCAUCAGAGCCCUCAACUCCUCUUCCUCCUCCGCCUCUUCCCCCGCAGCCCUCAGAGCCUCUCUCUCUACCAAUUUUGUUGCCCCUUUCGCCACCUCCGCCAGCAGCGCCUCCAGCCCCUUCGCCGGCCACAAGCUACGCCCUUCUUCUCUCAAUCCGGCGUCGUUUCGUGGCAUCAAGGGUAAACGAGGCGUCGUUACUAUGGUUAUUCCUUUCUCUAGAGGAAGUGCAUGGGAGCAACCUCCACCAGAUUUAGCUUCCUACUUAUACAAAAAUCGAAUUGUUUAUUUGGGCAUGUCUCUUGUUCCAUCCGUUACAGAGUUAAUACUAGCUGAAUUUCUUUACCUUCAGUAUGAAGAUGAGCAAAAGCCUAUUUACCUAUACAUAAACUCCACUGGGACAACUAAGGGAGGUGAGAAGUUGGGUUAUGAGACCGAAGCAUUUGCAAUUUAUGAUGUGAUGAGGUAUGUCAAGCCUCCUAUAUUUACCCUUUGUGUUGGUAAUGCUUGGGGAGAAGCAGCUUUGCUUUUGGCUUCUGGUGCAAAGGGAAACCGUUCUGCUUUGCCAUCAUCAACAAUAAUGAUAAGACAGCCAAUAGCAAGGUUUCAAGGACAAGCAACGGAUGUUAACCUUGCAAGAAAAGAAGUCAAUAAUGUGAAGACAGAAUUGGUUAAAUUAUAUGCAAAGCAUAUUGAAAAAACACCUGAGCAGAUUGAAGCUGAUAUUCAGCGCCCAAAGUAUUUUAGUCCAAGUGAAGCUGUUGAAUAUGGUAUCAUAGAUAAGGUAUUUGCUGUCUCAAAGUUACUUUUGGUGCUCACAUCUUUCACCGAGGAUCAUGGAGUUGUUUCUGACCUCAAAAAGGCACAGCUUAUUUAGCUGUUCGAGAGGUUGAAUCGCUAGUUGUUAAAGAGUUUUUCAGACAAUGGAGACUGGGAAAUGCGAGUCAGCUCAAAUGGAAGACGUAGAAGACCAGAAGCCGUGAUCUGAAACCAUGCCAUGCCAAACCCUUGUCCAAGCAAGAAGCAACUAGUAGAAAUCAAAAUCUAGGUGUUAAUACCGUUAAAUUAUUUUUGCCUCCCCCCAACAAGAGGCAUUGAUGUCUAUUUCUGUCUACAUUGUAAUAUGUUGUGCGUGAUUGUAUUCCCGUUAAUUUUAUUCUAAAUUUUAUAAAGUUUUGCUGCCAAAACUAGAAUUAAUGAAAGUUGGAAUAAGCUAGUGUUUGGAUCAGCUUAUUUUCAGCCCAAAAAUUAUGUAAAUGUACUCGUUAUUAGAUAGUUCAUUUAAUGCUUGGUUGCUAAACAUAUAAUUUAAUAAUAAAAAACGCUAUUUGGUAGACACUUA